CCAGUCUAAGAUACUGUAUCUCCGUUAGCUAGGACACGUUUGCCUCAACCGAUCGGCCCUGAACCGCACUCUUGCUCACUGGUGUUAGGCAAACUCCUUUCUUGCAUCUCAAGUUGACUUUUGCCAUUUACCUUGAUACCGUUUCACCUUGGAUCAAUUUGAGAGAGGCUCAGAGGCAGGCUCAGAGGCGUAGCCAUGGCGCCAAAGCGGCAAAUAAAAGGCGGUAGCAUCCAGGAGCUCGUAAACCCAUCAGCAUAUAAGUCAAACCUGCAAGCAUUGGACUUCCUACGGAACUUCGCGGCAGUGAUUGCGGGCAUCGUCGUCGGUAUCUGCGGCGUGGUCGGGUGGCACGGGUUCAUCUACCACUUCGUGUCACAGCUCGCGUGCGCCGGUGCCAUGAUUCUCAAGGGUUGCACCAAGCCGUCGCAAUACUUUGUGUCCUGGAAUACGCUCCUGUUCCACAGCGCCCUGUCCUCCACCACAUUGUUAUCCUUCAUCCUGUUCUGGAUGAUCUUCUACAACUUGUGUCACGUGUUCUGAGUCUCCGGACCCGAGGGCCGGAGGCGGACCCCCGGCUCCUUCACUGGCGAGGGCGCUGCGGGGAGCAGACAAUGCAGAAGCGGCCGGGUGUGCGCAUGGUGGUGCCGGUGGUAGUUCCGGGCGCUGGCGCGAUGGCUGAGAUGUAGUUGCGGGAGUGAGGGGAGGGGGGCGUGUGGUUGACAGGGGGAGCAUGAAUUGUGGCUUUGCAUCAGGGCCGUUCAACCGGAGUAAAGAAGUAACGAUAGAGUUAAUUAUCAACAGUACGGCAGCUGCCGGGCGCUGUCCCCCGGGUGUGGCACCAGGCGUAUCGCCGGCAGGGGCACGCAGUGGGUUUGUUACGUAACCAUCAGCAGGAGACGUGAGGUGGUUGGACAGGACUGGCGCCGCUGCGCUGGCCUACCGGUGGGCGCGUCAGAGGUUCAGCACGCCUCAGCCUGUGUGCGCUCCAGGUGCGGUUCCUGCGAGCUGUCAAGCUGUUUGUACGUUGCGGCCUUGGCUGUGCGCGCACGCAUGGGCGCGCAAUGGUGGUGAUGCAUGUAAACAGACCUAGGGCUGGGAUCAGUGCCACAAUCAUCUGGAGGAGCCCGUGCUCCUCUGCGGCCCUAGGUACGUACCAGCCAGUGGAUGCAGGUGGAUGUGCGAUGGGACAAGGUGGAGGCAGGUUCGCGAAUUUUCGUCGGUUGCAGCUUACUGGCAGACCCCAGCAGAUGACAAACAAUUUGCAACGGCAGUGCAGGACGCGCGGCUGGUCGAACGGCGGAGUUACUGUACCGACAAGUUGCUGGCUGGCUGGAAGGUUGCUGGCUGACGCGCAGCCAGUGGAUGUGCGAUGGGACAGUGGUAAGGCAGGUUGGUAAAGUCCCGUAGUCCCGUCGCUAGACCUGUCCCGUCUGUGUUUGCUUGACCCGAGCAAUGGCUGAGGAUCGCUGUGGCCAGCUGACCGGGGCAAAGCACUGCCGCACCGCAGUAGGGGCUCCAUGGAUGUACAAGCGUGGGCCGGGUCAUGGGAGACUGAGACGUGGGAGACCACGAGUA